AAAUGCUAGAUUUAAUCUCUCACCUUGGACUUUGUAUAGUUAUGCAAAAUCUACACACAUUACGUACGUGAAUUUCACUAGGAGCAUUGUGAUGGGUAUAUGAUCAUGAUCAUAAUGGGUUUCACACAUGUUCUGAUAUUUUAUGAAGUGCCCUUUACUUUUUCUUUGUGGGAAAAAAAUCUGGAUGUUGGUUCAUACCAGGCAAUUUUAAAUUAUUUUGUCAAUACGAAAAGGAAAUACCAGAAUCAGAAAACUUUCUUUUUAUAGAAACUCCACUCUUCUUUACGUUACCUUUUUUGCUAUUGGAAGUAAUUGGAACAGUUCUUCUUAACAUGUCACAUAAAAGAACAGAUGCAUUUAAUCUCUCUUGUGGUGUCCUCAACAAAUAUUGAUAACAAACAAACAUUGGAUUUGAUCAAAAUCUUUGGAGUGUUUCGAUGUCGAAAAACAGAAUCAAAACAUCUUACAGAUUCUUUUUACAUAGUUAAGCCAGAAAAAAUUUACUUGAGUAUAAAUGAAUUUGUCUUAAGAACCAACCAAUCUUGUACCUUCUUUAUGAUUUCACCAGUUCUGAUUUCUUGUGACUCAAGCCAAAACCUCUGUUUUCUUUUUUUGAUGAUUGGCUUUAACGAUGAUAUCACGAGCCCUCUUAGUGCUCAGAUCUUCGAUUUCUGCGAUCCACAACUCUUUCAAGAAACCUUUAAUCAAACCACUGAAGUCACCUCUACUUCAAACAUUCUCGAGAAAUCCGGAAGCUUCCAUUCCAACACUACCACAACAACAACAACUGACAACAGUAACAACAACAAGAACACAAAACUUCAAGACGAUGAAGAUGACAACAACAACACGGAUCUAUCCAUAAUCUUUGAUUCACAAGAAGAUUUCGAAAACGACAUAACGGCCUCAAUUGAUUUCUCAUCAUCUUCACUCCAAUAUCCAGUCAUCGAUCAUCUCCUCACGGCAACAAGCCAAGACCAGUUUGAUUUCUCAUCAGGACUCCAACUUAUUCAUCAGCCUGCUAACAUUUCACACUCUGGAGACCCUCUGUCUCUAUCGGCGGUUUCCUCUCUAGCUCCUCCUCCUUUACAAUCAGGGGUUUUCGAAGAAGAUUGUCUUUCUUCAGUCCCAAGUUACAAUCUUGGCUUGAACCCUUCUUGCUCUUUCUUCCGUACGUCCGGUUUACCGACGUAUAUGAGCACCGGUUUAUUAUCUGCUGAAAGUAAUCUCGGUUAUCUUCCCGGGAAUAUUCAUGUGGGAUCAGAAAUCAAUAAGCCACAUAAUCCAUUGAUGGACUUUCAAGCUGAUAAUGGUGGUUUGUUUUGUCCGGGUUCCAUGAAACGUAUCUUUAAUCCAGAAGAUCUCCAGGCACUUGGUGGCGUCGAGAACCAGAGCAACUUGGUGGCACCUCAGGCUCAUCCAGCAUUAGGAACGGUCGAGAUAAACGGUUUAGAAGAUUCAACGAUGAACAAAGUUGGAAAACUAUCCCCUGAGCAAAGGAAAGAGAAGAUUCGUAGGUACAUGAAGAAGAGGAACGAAAGAAAUUUCAACAAGAAAAUCAAGUAUGCGUGUAGGAAAACAUUGGCAGAUAGUCGACCAAGAGUUAGAGGAAGAUUUGCAAAGAAUGAUGAUUUUGGUGAACCAAAUAGACAGGCUUUUUCAAGCCAUCACGAUGAUGAAGAUGAAGAAGAUAUGGGAGUGAAGGAUGAGGAACAAUUGGUAGAUUCUUCAGACAUUUUUGCACACAUUAGUGGAGCCAAUUCCUUCAAGUGCAACUACCCAAUCCAAUCUUGGAUUUGAGUUCCAAGUGUCACACCACAAAGACUCAUGUUUAUAACAUGAAUCUUAUAGUCUUAUAUAUAUAGUUAUACCAAUAGUAUUUCUAUAGAGUUAUAACUUGUUUACUUAGUUUUGUCAUGCCCCAACAAGUUCUGUCCAAAAAAAAAAAAAAAUCUAACAAAGAAAAAAAAAACUAAAUAAAUAAUGAAUAAUGGGUUUAGCCGUUUAGGCAGGUUUGGAUGAAUAAAAAUCAGUAGUGAGAAUAAGGUUGUAUUAUGUUACAUAUAUAUCAAUUUGAAAGUUUUGUAGAUACA